AUGGUCAAAAGAACGGAGAAAGUCAAACUGCAGACAGGCCUGCAGAAGCUGCAGAGUUAUCGCAGUAACCUGGAGUCUUUCAAAGCCAACCUGGAGAAGAAAGCCUCUGGAAUGGCCAAGAAGCUGGAAGCAUCUUUCAAAGCCAACCUGGAGAACAAAGCCUCUGGUUUGGUCGAGGAGCUGGAAGCAUCGGGACUGCAAGUGGAGACCCUAAAACAGGAGGAGUCCCGGCUCCAACACAUCUUGUCCACCCAGAAGUUCACUCCCGCAGACAUUGAGAGGAUCAACUGGGAGAAGAGGGAGCUGCAGCAGACCAUCAACAGCCUGAGCAAGAGCCUGGAGCAGGCCGAGCAGCACAUGUGGAACGAGGAGAUCGCUCUGGCCAAGGCCAAGGAGACGGCCGAAGUGAAGCUGGCCGAGUACCACAAGCUUGCCCGCAAACUGAAGCUCAUCCCUGUGUCUGCCGAAAACGCGUGCGGCCACGACUUUGAGAUCAGGACCUCCACAGAAUACGGACCGUCCACCAUGGUUCAAUGCAGAACACAGAUUCAACAACUACUGAGGAAACUGAUCACUGAUGUGGACGAGGAGUGUAGUCGACUGACAGACAUGAAACUAAGCCUGGAGGAGUCCAUAGAACAGGUGAAUUCUAAUAUUUCAGAUAAAGCGAAUGACUUGAAACACCUGAGAGAGCAAAUCCGUAGGCUCGACGAGCAGCUCGAACAAGACAUGCAGGACAUUGCCAAUGAGAAGCAGAAGUGGUCUGCUGAGAUGGAGUCUGUGGAGACCCACCGCAAGCUGCUGGAGAAGAAGGUGACCCUGGGCUAUGACGAGUCUGUGGAGCAGCUGAAAGCUGCACAGCAACAGUACCAUCUUGUCCUGCAAGAAACCAAUGAGGAGCGGCGGACUGUGGUUAACAACCUUGCCAGUGUGUUAACCACGGCUGCCAACCACCUGUCCAUUGUAGAGAAAUUCUUAGAGGAUCAACACAAGCGAGUAGACAGGGUGUACACGGACGCCUUCCGGGAGGACGAGGUGGACAUUCAGAAGAUGAAGGACAUUAUGGAGGGCUUCAUCGCUAAAGUAAACAGCAUGUAGUUCCGUGCUUCACUAUAAAAGCUGACAUGAGCUCUAACUCUUUACCUGGUUAUUCCAUUCAGUUCAUUGGAACCAUCCCAGCGGGCAAAACAUGGUUUAGUGACGUUGUGACAACAGAAACUAGUUGAAAUGACAUCAUUAACAACCAGUUUUGCCUGUUGGGAUGAGUGCAGCUUUUCUUCUCUUCUAAGUGACGUCUUUACUGACCACAGUGAGCAUCACAUCAGUUCCAAAGGGCCACGCCAUCUUCUGCAGUUUCCCUGGUCACUGCUCUAAAGCACUGGGAACUUGUGAGACCAGAUGGGCAGACUAUUGGGUGCUGGUAGAAAAUAUGUUUAAAUAGGAGUUUUACUUUGUUCAAGUACCCCUGGGUUAGAUAAUGGGUGUACUGUUAAACCCUUUUUUGUAAACUAUUUUAUUGUUGUCUUGUGGUGUUUCUCAUCUGUUGAGCCACUAGACGGCAGUGUAAGGCUAGAUUUAGAGUACAGCAGUUUCUGGUUAGCUGAAAUAUAUACUGUUCUUUUGUUUAUUGUUGCAGUUUGUGAUGCUUUAAAUAAAGAUAUGUAUCCCCAAUA